UACUGUAUUCCACUAACCCCAAGAGAUCCUAGAGCUAGACUAGCCACAGUUUUGAGGGAUUUUUUAAGUUCUACCACUGAAACUUGGAUCCACGAUGGGAACCAACUUACGAAUUAUCGUUCUGUUAGUGAGCUUGACUGUUCAAUUCGUCUAUUGCAGACCAACCCAGGAAAACGAGAAUCACCGCAGCAAAGCAUUCAAUAACGCUCUCUUGAAACUGUCGGAGGUGCUGCAUCAAAAGUUUCACAAAUCCAACAGCCCGAGUUCAAGGUCUUUAGAUCCGCUUAAUGGAGGAACUGUACUUCGAUCUCUAGAUCCCCUAGGUGUAGGCACCGUUGUGAGGUCAUUAGAUCCUUUAGGUGUAGGCACCGUUGUGAGGUCGUUAGAUCCUUUAGGGGUAGGCACCGUUGUGAGGUCAUUAGAUCCUUUAGGUGUAGGCACUGUUGUUAGGUCACUGGAUUCCUUAGACGCGGGCACUGUUGUUAGAUCACUGGAUCCCCUAGGUGGAGGCACUGUUGUUAGGUCACUGGAUCCCUUAGGUGGAGGCACUGUUGUUAGGUCACUGGAUCCCCUAGGUGGAGGCACUGUUGUUAGGUCACUGGAUCCCCUAGGUGGAGGCACUGUUGUUAGAUCCUUAGCUGCCUUAGGUGACAAUAAGUUUGCUAGAUCUCUGGAUCCUUUAAAUGGAGGCACCAUUGUCAGAUCCCUGGAUUCCUUAAGUGGAGGCACUGUUGUUAGGUCAUUAGAUCCUCUUGGUGGUGGCACUGUCGUUAGAUCGUUGGAUCCUUUAGGCGGGGGCACCGUGGUUAGGUCACUAGAUCCCCUAGGUGGAGGCACUGUUGUCAGGUCACUGGAUUCCCUGGGUGGAGGCACUGUUGUAAGAUCUCCUGAAGUUCAACAACAUUAUUACGAUCCCCAAAAAAAUCAUUAUAACCACGAAGGUUAUGAUAGCUCCAGGAAAGUUGAAUGACUAUUCCACGUAAAACAGCCAAUAUAAUUAGUCAUGGUUUAAAAAAUGGAAUUUUCAGAAAGUAACGCCACCUGGUUUUGGAAUUUUUUGUUAAUGCGGAAGGAUACCUUUAUCGCAAACAGACGUGAUAUAAUGCACUAUAUACAUUUAUUACUAAGACUUUAAGCUGUAAUAUUAGCACUUGUAUACCACAGCUUCUGCAACUUCACUUAAAGCAUAUAAUGUAUUC